AUGUCGUCGGACGGCGAGUACUCCGAGGAGAGCUUUGAGGACUACGACGAGGAGGACUUCGAGGAGUUCGAUGAUGAGGGGGGGCAAAACGGAGCCGUUGCGGCCCCGGGCGGCAGCGUCGCCGCGGCCGGCGCGAGGCCGCGGACGCCGCCGUUCAUGAGCGGCGCGUUCCAGGCGGGAGCUCGCCUCGCGGCCCCGCCAGGCGUGGGCUUGGCAACCAAGGAUGAUCUGGCGGAGCAGAUUCGGCAGCAAAACCAAGCGAUCCAGCACCGGCUGCGCGCCCAGGAAGCUGCGGCGCAGGAGCUCGUGCGGCCGUCGACGGCGGCCCGGCUGGCGGCGAACCGCCCGGCUUCUGCCGGCUUGCAGACACGCAAGCAGCUGCCCCGUGCAGACGCCCUGGUCGUCACGGACGCGAUGCGCAAGCUGAAUGACCAGCAGAGCGCCCGUGCCCGGGACCUGAAGGACCGGAUCCACCUCUCGAUAGGUCCGGAGCUCGACAUGUUCGAGAUGCGUCCUCUGUCGGACUACCAGCUGCUCCAGAUGGGCCGCGGCCCGUUUGCCACGCGGGUGUUCCAGGGCACGCAGACGCACACGCGCGACUCGCAGGAGACCCAGACCGUGCGCAUGGCCGACACGGAGCACCAGGCGUGUCAGGCGCCGGAGGACUUCGGCGAGGACGCCAUCAAAGCUGCCAAGGACGCCAGCGCAGGGGUACGACCCAAGAAGAAGAAGGGGGGGGGAGUCAUUGACGAGGUGGCCGAGCUCCACGUGGGGCGCGACGUGGGCAUGCGCGUGUCCAUCCUGCGCGGCGCCGCGAUCGUCUGCCGGAUCCUCGACGAGCGCAAGCUGCGCGCGCUGCCACCGCGCUUUGCCAGCAAUGCCGUGCACGGCGGCGCGAAGCCGCUGCCGGCGACAGCGGGGCCGGAAACGAAGCUUUCGUGGCCCGCGGGGCUGCACGACCGGCCCGUGGCGGGCAUGGCGCUCGCGCAGGGCACCCGGCCGAUGUUGCUGUGUGCGUACGGGGCGUGUCCGGGGGGGAACGACCGGGACGUCCCCGAGGCCCUGCGUGCGGACGGACGCUCCUGCGUGUGGGACCUCUCCACCGCCCCGCGCACGCCCGCAGCGCUCCUCGUCUCCGAAGGCGUCGCCUCCUGCUGCUGCUGGGGCCCCGGCACGAAGCCGUGGCUCGCGCUCGUCGGCAUGGAGGAGGGCGGCAUCUGCGCGUACGAUCUGCGGGAGCCCGCGAACGAGCACGCGUUUGCGGAGGUGGCGGGAGCGACGGUGGCGGCGCGGCGACCGACGUACACGACCGAGGCGGAGGUCACCGUCGCGCACACCGCGGCGAUCGUCGGCCUGCGGUGCCUCCCCGCGCCCGGGCGCGCUCAGAGCGCCGGCGACGACGACGCGGGGUUCCGCCCAGGGGAGCCGCUGUUCAUGGUGGUGUCCCUUGACGCAUGGGGGGGACUCGCGGUGUGGUACGCGGUGCAGACGCUCGCGCCCGUCGAGGGCGGCGUGAGCCGCGGGAUACGCCCGGGCGGGCUGGUGUGUCUCGUCCAGGUGGACAGAAAACUCCCCCUGGGGAUACAACAGGCGUUCCAGUCGAGUCAGGCGGCGCUGGAGGCCGAGGGGCGGCGCGCGGCGCUGGCGCAGGGGGCUCCGGAGAUGCCGACGGCGCUGGAGCGGCUCGCGGCGAUCGCGGCGGGGCGCCGCGCGUUCGGGCUCGCCACGCUGGCGGGGGCCGGCGGGGGAGUCGAGGUGCUCGCGGCGCUCGACGGGGCGCGCGUCGCCGUCGGCGGGAUCGGAGGGAGCGUCGUGCCGCCGCGGGAGUUCGUCGCGGUCGAGCGGUGGCUCGCAGCGAAGGUCGGCGGCGCCAACGCCACCGCCGCUUUUGGGGAGGACGCGUGCGAGGUGCCCGCGGCCGCGGCGGCGGCGGCCGCGGCCGGCGCGACGGACUGCACGAGCCUCCACGCGAGCCCGUUCCUGCGCGGCCACUUCGUCGCGGGUUUCUCCGACGGUUCCAUCGCGGUCUUCUCGCGGCAGCGCGCGCUGCCGCUGCUGAUCGCGGCGGGCGGCGGCGCGGCGGUGGUCUCGGUGCGGUGGUCGCCGUGCCGGCCCGCGCAGCUGCUGUCGCUCGACGCGGAGUCGACGCUGUGCCUCUGGGACCUGCGUCAGUCGCGCACGCGGCCGGUGACAGUAGAAAAGGUGACCCGGUUCCAGAAGGACGCGGAGUACCAGGCGACGGGGCGGCCGGCGACGGCGUGCGCGCUGGAGGUGUCGGCGGCGGGGGCGGAGCAUCCGAUGUUGUUGUUGGGUCUGGACGACGGCCGCGUGGAGUGUCACAAGCUCAUCGGCGACGAGGCGGGGGGGAGUGUCGAAGGGGAGGCCGAGCAGGUGCUGCAGCUCCUGCGGCAGGUCGACGGGUCGAUGCUGUCGUAG